CCCCACUUUACGUAUACAAUGUGACAAAAGAAUCCUCGGAGGCCCCACAGAGGUCGCUAAUCCUCAUGAAGACAGGUUUCUGUUGUUGAUAAGGUGAAAUUUCCAUUAGCUCGUCAAACGAUGACGACGUCAUGGGACAAAGACAAAGACAAAAAAGAAAGAAUAAAGUUCCAACUCCAAUGGGCAAUCAAUCUCUGGUCAAUAAGAUCGUUAGGACUCUUAACAACUGGAGCCGCAGACGAUGGUUUUACAUCUUUAUACCCCGUCGCAAAGUAAUUAAAAUGUAGAUAAACAAGAGGCAUCAUAACAAACACAGGUACUGAUAUAAAUAUAGGUGUUGUGGGGUUGAUGAUGUGACUGCCGCAGCCACAAGGCUAGAGGUACUGCAUAUACUAUAUAUACUAUUCUACUAUAAGUGUAAGAAUUAUGUAGAUGUUUUUUAUUCUCUGACUAUUAACAGCACAAAGUAUAGAUGUCCAGAAUUCAAAAAGUGCUCAACAAAAACACACACACAUAUAUAUAUGUACUCUUUGACUAAAAUUGUGUUUAAAUUUAUAUUUAGGGCCUGUUUGCCUAUUUGUGCCUGUCUCUUCUCAAACUGUCUCUUACUUCCUCACCCUGCUCUGCCUCCCUCCCGCCCACACCCCUCAGACGCAACAACAGCAACGCAGCACGAGACGCCACUAAUUAACAGAACAGAAGGAAUCUAUAGUCGGUAAAAAGGAAAGUUGCAGCUUGUUUAUAGCGUUGGAUGAAGAUUUGUUCUGUCUGGAAUACUGUAAUCAGUUCUGACCUAAAGUUCCAGCUACUUCCAGUCUCUUGGGUCACUUGUAAACGGGGGGUGGGCUAAGAGGAGGGAGAGAAACGUCAGGGGGAGUCGAGCAUCAGCCUGAGGUCCAGCUCAGGUCAUGGGCUUUUCCUGUUGUCGAUAUAUAAACCCACUUCAAGUUCACUCUGGACUUGGACUCUUCUUCAGUCACUUACAUGUUCAUUUCGUGACGAUAGAAUCACGUACACGUUGGCACAUGUUGCUGUGAUUUUUAUGUUAUGGGGUCAGAAAUAUCUAUGGGGAUUUAUCAAAAAUACACACAGAUAUGAAUGGUAGACCCUGUUCAUACCUCUAACAUCACUUUGUUAGGAGCCUUUGAUGUUGUAAAAUGGAAGGACAAAAAAACCCCUGGUGUCAUAGCACAUUAGCUUGUCUGCCGCACAGAUUCAGAUUUCGUCAAUCUGCAAGCAACUGACGAGACGCUCCUGUCUGUCUGGUUUGCCAGAAAGACCAACAAGAACUAAAGACUAAAAACUAAAGAAACGGCAAAUGAGUACAAGAGGAGGGAGCAAGGUGAUUGCUGAAACCAAGGAUGAAUUUUGAGCAGCCUCCUCCAUACCCAGGCAGUGGGCCCACUGCUCCAUGCUACCCAGCCCAGGGUCCACCCCCACAAGGGUACCCACCACAGGGUUACCCACCACAGGGUUACCCAGUGAACAUGGAGCAGCCUAAUCCAGCUUACCCUAAUUAUCCAGUUGGACCACCAGGACCCGGGGGUCCAUAUCCCGUCCAAGGAAUGCCUCCCUACCAGGGGUACCCUGAACAACAACAGUAUGGCUGGCAGGGAGGGCCACCUCCUGGGACUAUGUAUGGAGAAGCUCCCAAAAACACAGUGUACGUGGUGGAGGACAGGAGAAGGGAAGGCUCAUCAGGAGAAACGUGCCUGACAGCUUGUUGGACCGCGCUGUGUUGCUGUUGCCUCUGGGAUAUGCUUACAUAACACCACCCAUCUGCUGCUCACUCACACUCACCUCAUUUCUGUGCCUUCGACCCCCCACCCCCAGCCCUCCCUUUACCCACCUGCUUUAAUCCUUACACUCCCUCAAAUAACCCCUACAUUUAAAUCAACACUUUUUGGCUCAUCUAUUAAUAGAAGCCUAAUCUGAUAUGGAAGGCUGUGCCUGCAGCAGCCCUCACUGCAUUGACUGACACUGACCACGGGCUCCUAGGUGGCAGCUUUAAAACACGACCUGGAUCUCAAAUGCCACUCCAAACCCUCGUACAAACCCAUUCUAGCAGAACCUCAAGCUCAUCUACCGUGAUGUUCUUUAGGCACUUUAUGAAGUUUACCUCUGUACGACACCGCUCCUGCCUGACAUUAUAAACCUCUCUCCAGCUUUGCUAUUUCCCUGCACAACAGUUACCCCCCUGACCGUUCCCACCCCUGCCCCCUCCACGUAGCAAAGGCCACGAAGCCCGAGGCUGUUAACGAGCCACCGGGUUUUUGAAGAAUCUCGUGCUUUAUAUGUAUGACUCUGCAUUUGCACACAGCAGACUCUAGGUGUCCUCAGGUGUAAUCACAGGACACUGGGUGAUAUAUAUUUAACAAUUUACAGGGAUUUAUGUUUUGAUCGUUGUACACAUUUAAAAUCAACAAUGUUCUUUCUUAGCAAUCUUAAAAUAAAAACCUAAUCCAUUAUUAUUUUUUAAUAUCUGCCGUAGAUAUUGAGACAAAAGAUGACAAAAGUGGUACCUGCAAUCAUUAGAGGAAUUAAUGUUAAAGUUAAGAUAUAUCUUUGCUUCAGAUGAGAAUGUUUCAUUAAAAAUGCAUUUAAACUA